CCCAGAUGCAACAUCCCCCCCCAUUUUCUCUCUCCCGUCGGCCACUUGGAUUGUUCGACCGCCGCGGACGGCUGGUAGACAGACGGGUGUCAGUCAAUCAGGACACUGUACUGGGCGUGCUUCCGCAUGUUGUUGCCGUGUCACGACCUGCUGCUUGGGCUGGCUAAAACCCACUGCGUCGUGGACCUCUCAGCUCGGUCCAAGUGGGUUCCGACAACGUCACGACGCCGUCACAUGGACCUAUAUCAAGCCACGUCGUGUCCCAAACAACGAGCCCGCAACGUCGUGGAGCGGUCAAUGUACUCCAAGGUGUCCGUGGUGGCGUCGUUGGCAACGGUCACGGGCCUUCUGCAAGGCGCCAACCCAAAGUUCAACCACGCUUUUCAUCGAGACGUGGUGACGCGCACGACCGUGGCGACCAUCUGCCAGACGCGAGCCAAGCGCGUGGUCGUGCAGCACGACACACUCAUGCAUGCCCACGUAGCCUGCGACGUCGUUUUCGUUGAGUGUCAAGAGGCCAUGAUAUGCAGCGACAAUCGACACGGGUUUCUUUGUGCCGUGCACUCGAUCCCGUCCGCCAUCCACACGACUGCUUCUGAAUCCGUCCUCCCGCGAGCGAAUGUACGCAACUCUGGCAUUGUGGCCGUGGAAUCCCUCUUACUCCCCGGCGUCGUCGACAUCGUCUACGUCCUCCACAUGACGUUCCCUCCAUCCAUGGCCCCAGCUGUAUGCGACAAGGUCAUGGUCCAGCGGCUCUCAUCUUUGCGACACAUUGCCGCCUUUGCCACCCCUGUGGGCCUGCGCUGGCUCAACGCGUUCUUGCCUCGUUAGCCAUCAUUUCGCUAUAUUUCCGAAAUUCGCGUGGUUUGUCUAAUCAAUUCAAUACGUAGUGCAGGCCCCUCAAUUUUAAACUGUAA